AUGAACAACAAUCACAAAACAUAAAAACAGUCGUAGAUCAUCCAGGUAACCACACACAGUAUUGAGUAUCAUGUGUUUCUCAAUUAUAUUAUAUACCCAUCUUUAAAAAAAAUAAAAUACUUACAGUGUUGUGCAAAAGUCUUUGGCCACCACCACCUUAUGUAGCAUAUUUAUAAGUUUUAAAUCAUAUUCAAUUUUUGAGGCCCUGUUUAGAAAAUGCAGUCAUUGAUUAAGCCAAACUUUUUUUUUUUUUUAAUUCAAAGAUAGGGAAAAUGUUGAGAAAGAUGAGAAAAUUGAUGAGGCAAGUGGAGGGCAAAAUAAACUGGAAAGAAGGGAUGAAGACUAUGCUUUCGACAGGGAAGAUGACAGGAACAGCACAGGUGAUAGGGAAGAUGAGGACAGGAAAGAUGAGGCUGGAGACAGGAACAACACUGCAGAUGAAGAUGAGGAUGAUGAUGCAAAUUCAGGGCAAAGUAAGCUGAGUGAUACAGAGGAAAGGAGGGACGAGGAUUAUUCUUGUGACAGGGAAGAUGAGGCUGGAGACAGGAACCAUAAACAUGCUGAUGAACGUGAAUAACGAUGAGACAGACACAGGAAACUUGAGAAAAACAAGACCAGGACCAAAGAUUUUUGUAGUGACCAUAAAAACAAAACGUUGGAAAAAAAUAAAGCCACAAGCAGGCUCAACUCAGUUACAAAAGCCCUGGACAGAUGUCUUUUAUGAAGCAUUCACCAAAGUAAAUCCUUGCUGUGUCCUUUCAUUCAAGUAUCAGCAUGUAAAAUGCCGGAAAAGUCAUAAAAAAAGAGCACCUUAUUUCAGGGCACUUGCUGUCUGUGUCUUUAAUGAUUGCUCAGCAAAAUACAAAUUUACAAUUCAAACAAAGCCCAAACCAUUCCAGAAGCAUAUUGACAUACACGUCAUGCGAAUGGGUGAUGUGACCCACAAGGACAAAGAAUUGAAAUUCAGAAAUGCAAAAUUCACUAAAAGAGGAAAAAUUGCAGCAGCAAUAGCAAAAGGAGUAAGUCAGCAUUACUAUGAAUCACUAAGAAACACACCACCAGAUGAGAUCUUGGCUGGCAACAUCUCCAGAUGCCUUACUAUGGAUGUCCUAAGAGUAAUAUCCAGUGAAGUCAGGAAAAGUACCAGACUCCAUGACGAUGUUGUAAUGGAGAUGAUGCUCUGUCAGAAGAUCAUGAAGGAAAGCAGUGGUACUGCCUCACAAGUGGCAGGUUACAUUCAACACUUACAAGUGGACCCAUUCGGUGUCCACUUGUAUACAGAUUGUGGUCUACGAAUACUGGCAGAACAUUUAAAAAACUCACCCCCAAUCACAUUGCAUCUAGAUGCUACAGGCAGUGUCAUGUCACGGAUCCCCAAUCAAAACAAAAGAAUUCUUUAUUAUGCCCUUGUUCUCCCUGGAAAGGGGAAGGAUAAGCCACCCAUUCCUGUGUCUGAGCUGAUAUCAACUGAGCACUCCAUACCAACUCUCACAUUUUGGCAGAUGGAAACACUGAGACAUCUAAGCCAGAUAACGACACGGAAGGUCCACCAGGUUGAGACUGAUUUUAGCUGGGCACUCAUUGGUAGUGUCCUCCUGGCCUUCAACAAAGAAAGUGUCUCAUCCUAUAUAAACAGAGCACAUUUAAUUGUCAACCAAAAAGUGAAAAGUGCAGAUGCAGUGAAUUUCACAGUGCUCCAUCUCUGUUCAUCCCACAUUAUAAAGGCUGUAACACAAGCCUUUUCAAAGGAAACAUACUCUUUUGGUCUUCUACUUAACAGUGCCACCCUCCAGGAAGCGCUUAACAUCUUUCAAGAUAUGGCUGUGUUGUUCACAUCGGCAAACUAUUCCAAAGAAGUUAUGGCGGCAAAAAACACACUGGACCAAAAAAUCCUAAAGUCCAAACCCACUUCAAUUGUUGAAACACUUCCACCAUACGUAGAAGACAUGGAGAGUUCUAGCAAUAUCAGGACAAUCUGUGGCAAAUCUCCCUUCACACAUGUGUUCAACAGUCUUCUAGAAAAGACCAGGGCCCUCAUUUAUCAAUGGUGCGUACGGACAGAUUUGUGCGUAGUGAGUGCGUAAGAACAGUUUCAUGCAAAGUGUGGGAUUCGCCAACUUGUACUUAUACGUAGAAAUGUGUGUAAAUAUAAGCACACCUCUGAGCAUGCUUACGCAGAUAAUCUAGUGGUAGAACAGUGACACUACACACAAAAAUCAUUUAAGAGUGUCACAGUAUGCAUUAAGCAAUCCACAUUAAUAGCAUGGUUUCUUUCAGUGUUAUAUUGUUUUUGUAAAAUGUUAAGAAUUUUCAACUAAAUAGGAAUUAUUAAUUAUUAAAAUUUCUUAUAAUUUUAUUUAUCUUAGCUGAGUAACUUAAAUCCAUAUUUGAAGUUUACUUAAAUAGUCUAUGUGUGUAAAAACUUGUAAAAGUAAAAUUAAGUAAACUUUAUUUUAUUUUAUUGUUAUUGGAAGACUUUGCAAAAAAUGCGCUCCACGGAGAGCGCGUUUUCUAAGAUCAUGCUGAUCUGCUUGGCAAGAGCUCUCUUUGCCAUUAUUGCGAUAAGGAAAAAACACAAUCACGUGAUUUUUAAAGGGAAGUUUUGUCACCAUAUAUGGUUAAUUGGAGGCGUUUCCGAAUGCUAAUGACCUUGAACGUGAACGAGCAUGGUACUUACGCACAUGUGGGAUUUAUCAACAAUGAUUGCUUACUCAUGUGCGUAAGAACUGUGUGCGCACGUUUGAUAAAUGCGGAUUUUCUUGUACUUAGGCACAUUCUAAAUUUCAUUCGUUGGACAAAAUAUAGAACCUUUUCUACGCACUGUUGAUAAAUGAGGGCCCAGGUGUGUAGAGACAGAGAGUAACAAAAGUAAUGAAUUCUACUGCCCAGGAAUUAUGAAUGUCCUCAUGAAGAACUAUAUGGGCAUUUUCCCCCUUUGGAGUGGCAUAUUGCUUGGGGACCUGAGCAGAUUCUUCAAAGAGAAUACCAAAGAUAUCAAAACAAGGGAGACAAAUUGCCAUGUGGAGCAGUGGUUUUCAAUCGUGAAGAAUCACAUUUUACAUCGAAAGAAGUUCCUGCGGCCUGCAGAUUUCAUUACAAAGAUGUUUAACUCUCUGCAAGGAAGAUACACACAACAUCAGAUGAUGCAUAGCCUUGAUGGUCUGUCUCAAAAUGCAUCUCCCAAGCAACAGACCAUUGACCAGCAAGAGGAGCAAUGGGCCAAAAGAUCCAUAUCUGAAGGAUCAGCAAAGCGUCGAUCAAAGUAUUUUGAUCCACUAGAAGCAGUGCCCCAACCAAAAAGACGCAAGACAAAGCAAACACCUGAAGAUCAUUCAGAGGACAUGUCAGCCAAGUUGUCUAUCUAUCUGUCAUCAGAUGAUGCAUAAUCUUGAUAGUCUUUCUCAAAUUGAGGAGCAAUCUGCCAAAAAAAUCAAUAUCUGAAAGACCAGCAGUGCCUGAAGAUCAUUCAGAGGAUACGUCAGCCCAGAUGAUGCAUAAUCUUGAUAGUCUUUCUCAAGUUGAGCAAUCUGCCAAAAAAAAUCAAUAUCUGAAAGACCAGCAGUGCCCAAACCAAAAAGACGCAAGACAAAGCAUACACCUGAAGAUAAUUCAGAGGACAUGUCAGCCCAGAUCCAGUCUCUGUGGUCUAAGAAAGCAUGUGAGAUUGUCAUUGCCGUCACACAGUCAAAGGACAAAAAAGGUCCUUUAUCCUGCAUCAUUCAGAGCUGAAAACACUCCAGCCACAUAAAUGGCUGGCAGGGGAG